GUAAAAUGAGCGACAGAAGAAUAGAGGAGAGGGAUGAGAUGUCUGCAGGACAGCGCUCUGUCUUCCUUUGAGUCUUCUGCACCGUGGCUCCUCUUUUGUCCCUCCUUGCCACGCCUCCAGGGGUCGUCUUGGCAACAUGUUUUACUGCUGGCAGCCAUAUAAAUACAGCAUUGGCUCCUAAACUAGGAAAGCUGUACACAGCAAUAGUCAAUGCCAAGGACACAGUGAACAAGGAGGCUUCAGCUUCAAAUAUAAGAGGAGCCCAGCAUGGAUGAAAACAUGCACCCGAAUAAGCAGAUGGAUGAAGCUGAGUCUCUUCAUGACAGGAGGAGGGAAGACGGUCUCCUCAACAUGUUGACUGAAACUAUUCGAGGGCUUGAAGCUGUCAGACACUGCAGAGAUGGUGGGACGGUGGGUGGAAGGAGAUGCGCAGGAGAAGAACCAGGAGAGGAAACUCGGAGACGGAGUGAAGAAGGGACGCUCGGUACAGCGGAAGAUGGGAAGGAGGAUGAAGAGACGGGAAGAAAUGCUGAUGGAGAGCGGGAGGAGAAAGAGUGCGAGCAGAAAGUUCUGGGAGUGCUGAGGGAGCUGAGUGUUUUUCAUUCAGACAGAGUGACAGCAUGGAGAGAAGUUCUCAGAGAAUGUGCCCACAUGUUUGACAAGUCUCCACCAGGGGGCAGCGACCAGCAACGUCCAUCUACAGCAGAUACAGAAUGUGAAAUCAGACCUUGUUCAGACUCCUUCAGUGAUAUUUGGAGGAGUGUUGGGGAGCAAAUACAGAACGUUGUAGACAAACUGAACACAAUCACAACUAAGCUGGACGAAGAAAUCCUCAAAUCGUGUGCAGAGGAGGUCUCAACCGUGGAGGCAGCACUUCAGGAGACCAGAGAACCUCAAGCUGAUCGCCUAAACUCCAACGAUCCCCUCGAAUUUGAAUCUGGGCUUCAACAGAACAUUGAAGAUGGAGACGAUCAAAAUCAAAUGAUGGCAUCAACAGACAAUGAGCAAACAUCAGACUCCAGAGUCAACGGUUCUGACUGGAAAGAAUUAGUGGUGAACGGUCAAGGGAGUGAUAAUGAGGGCCGUGUUUCUCCAGAGAGUCGGACAGAUUUCCUGGAGGAGACGAAUGAAAAUGACAAGAACAAAGAGGAGACAAACAAAGAAUGGAUUACAGUCGGGCUCACUGGUCAGCAGGACGACAGCCCUUCAGAUGUACCAGACGCGUGUUUUAUCAGAGCACCUAUGGGCGUAGCUGAAGUCCUGCAUUGCGAGGUGGCCGACGCCCUGAGCUGCCUGAUGGUGACCGGCUCGGAGGAGCUGGUCAGCAGAGUGAUCAGGGUCAAAGUUCAGGACGGAGUUAACGUUCACUUCCCGGUGACCGUGGUGGUGCCUUUCUGCACACGUUACCGAGGCAACUACAGGGAUGUCGCUGUGAAGAUAGUGGACGGGGAGAGGAGGGCAAGCUACAUCACUCCUGUAACAACAGAGGGCACGUAUGGAGGGCAGAGGGGCUCAUUCGCAGAGGUGAGGGUGUACUCCCUGGGCCUGUUUGCAGUUGUUUCCUGUCUAAAAAGAGAAAAUUACACAGUUCCAACAAAGGGUUUGUCACUCAAGCUCACCAUGGACCCACGAAUCUGUCUGAACUACCUCCCGGGAUCCUUCACUGCUCCAGUAAUGGCACAAACCACGAUCCAGCCCAUAGACGCUGCUGUUCUGGCUGCCGUCAAGUCCAGAGGUGAUUCCUAUCGCUUGGUGGUGUCGACAAGCCCACUGCUCUACCUCACCCAUCCAACCUCUCAGCCCCUGAGGAGACCCCUCACCCUCACCCUCCCCUGCCCUCCGAACCCUGAAAAGAAGAGGAGGGAGGAACAAGAUCAUCAAACUCGGCCUGUUAGUGUCUCUCCACCGUGGGAUCAAGCUUCUUCCCACAGAAGGAGGAUUCUGGGUGUCUCUGUGAAGUCUAAGGAGAUGUCCAACGAGCUGCUGAUUGUUCUGGGUUCAAGAGACAAGCAGUGGAGCGUCCUGGAUAAAGUCACAGUCAGGAACCAGCUAAACAGACUGGUGUCGUUUGAGCUGACAGAGAACUUUGACAGGCUGCUGGUGGUGCGUCUCCUCUCUCCACUGCAGCCUUGCCGUCUCACCUCCCUGGCGGAGGAGCUGGAGGAGUCGGUCUGCUGCCACGCUGUCACCGUCGUCCUCCAGCGUAGACAGGACGAGCCUCACGUCGUCUUGGUGGCUGCUCUGCCCAGCAGGGAUCUCAGCUGGGAGCUGUCCAAACUGAGAACCCGGGGCUACGCCGGCCUCCCAGAAGAGACCUCGACGGAGAUCUCCAUGUGUGAAGGAGACCAGCUUCUCCUCCGGUUCAGCGGCAACAUCACCUCCACAGGAACUCAAAACAAUGUCCCACGAGAUCGGAUCACCUUCCACAGUCAGCAGAAGAAUCACCUCUUGGUGCAGCUAACAGAAGUGGAUCCAUUUGGGAACUACAGCUCCCCUCACUACAAAGGCACAGCCAUGUUUUAUAAGGUGACCAGAGGUCAGCUGGAGUGGCGAGGUGACAAACGAGUCUCGAUGGACACGAAGCCCCUGGGAGAUCCCGUCUGUAAGCUGUCUCUGACUUUACCCAAGAAAGUGAGAACCAUCAAUAGGCCCAUCAUAGCGAGGGUGAAGUUCUGUGAGGAGACAGAUUCCCUGUCAGACUCUCUUCUUCUCUGGCUGUCUGGGGAGCUUUCAGAGGAGGAGGUGGCCCUUCUGAUCCUCUCUCUGCGUCUCCGUCGUAGCGCCGCUCAGCUGGUGAAGCUCCGGGCCGGGGACAGCCUGUCCACACAGGCCUUCCAUGUCCUCGCCAUGUGGAGAAGAGGGCUGCCCACUAUCACAAACCAACCCAAGGCCUCUCAGCUGGCUCACUGCUUAGCCAAGAGUGGCAGGCCGGACCUGGCCAGAGAGCUGCUGCUGCGGCAGGCUGCAACCACCAGGCAGGGCUCAAUAAGACAAGGAAGCUUAAAAAGUAGAAACCACACUGAUUUUUAAUGCUACUUUGUGUGUGUGUGCCAAAUUAGUUAGUGGUAGUGUUUUGUUUGAUCCACAAGGGGUCAGCAUUGGACUGUGAGAUGCCGUGCUCUCUUCCAGAGUCGAAUAUGUCUAUGAGUGUCGACUGAGUCAACAAAUGAGCCAUUUUUAGAGGUCCGAUGAAGAAAAGAUGACAACUAUCUGAAAAGGUGAAUCUAAUUUUGUAAAGCAAAUGUUUAAACUGCUGUUCGGUCCAGUUAAUUGUCUCAUGACCUCUUAUAUUUGUGUUGUGACCCCUUGGUGAGAAGGGAAAGGGAUCCCCAACCCAAGGCUGGGAAUUUCUAAGCAUUUCUUGCAACAUACGUGAAGCAAGAAGAGCUGUAGAUCACCACGUAAGACACUGAGUUUAGACAAUCAAGGUCAGAUGUUACAACGUUUAGUUAGUUUCAACACCUUACCUCAUAUUAUGUCGUCUAACGUAAUAAAUGUCAACAAUCUGACUCUAGAGACAGGCGGAAAGAAAUAAAAAAACAAAGUUAGGUCCAUAGUUGUCUUUGUAUGAAGUGUAGAUACCUAAACUCUCCCCAAACACUCGCUGUAUUGAGCUUUCUCAGGUUAUUUUGACAUUUAAAGUCUGAAGUGUUGGGUUAGGCAUUAAUCUCUGACAUCGGCUUCACAUUCUGACUUUAUUUUGUCGUUUGGCUCCACAGACAGGUAGGUGAUUUACUCCACCAGUCAGCCAUCUCUUCUCUCUGUGUAAACAAACGCUGACACUGAGCUGCGACCUCUCUUCAGCUCGCUGACACAGAGUCCUCUUCGAGACUUGACAGCGUCUGAUUGGAUAACGAAGGCUUGUUUCUCAGCAUAUACAUGUGAUUUGUGUCUAUUAUUUUUUAUAUCUUUACCAUUAAAGUGAAAA